GUAUUACUUUUUUUGUACAGCACUUUGGUCAAUUGCGGUUGUUUUAAAUGUGCUUUAGAAAUAUAUUAAACAUGAAACUUAAUUAAAUAUCCGUUGACGAUAAUGGGGCAUGAUGUAUAGACGCGCAAGGCACAUAUACCAAUCGCCCAGUUCGUCAAGCCAAUGGUCAAACUCGCUGAAUGUGACAGCAGGAACUGCGCGCAGUGCGCCGCGCGUCACCAGCGCAGAUCGCACCAACGCGCUCACUGUCUUCAUCGGGCCGAUAAGCGUUGACGGGUGAAGCCGGAGGGAAGAGAUAUGACGGAACAGAAACUGUAACUUCCGAGGAAUACAACCGCAGGGGCGCAUCGACAUGAUACUCGUCUCGUAACAGAUCUCUAUCAACAGGCUAAUGUAAAUACCAGUGAGGGGCAGGAGAGGGAGGGGCCACCAUUCAAAUGAAAAGUUGUCUUUUGGCAAAGGGAAAUGAACACCGUCAUGUUCCCCAGUAGUAUGAAAACAUCUGGUGUGGAGCUGCCAGGAGUGGGUUCGAGAGAUGUGCCCCUCAUUGGAUAUCGACCCCUACAGCCAGGGCCCAACGGCCCUUCUGAUCAGCUCCGGAGGGACAAUGAAAACAGAGAGGCGGAUCCCAUGCAGGGGGAGCCGUCCCCGAUGAAGACCACCUGGUACUGUCCGCUUGACCUGUCCACUGUGUCGGAACUGGAGGAAGAUGGCAUCAUUUACACCGUGUUGGUAAAGCAACAGCAUGGCACCCCCAGCAUGGCACCCCCAGCGUACAAAGCAUCUCGAUCCCAGCAGGUCAAAGCAGGGACAGAGGAGAAACUCGUCCUCCAUCUCCUUCACUCCUUCUCUAUGGGCGACGCUUCCUUCAUCUCUAUCUUCUUCUCCACCUAUCGCUCCUUCACCUCCACCCAGAGAGUGCUGGACAUCUUGAUUAACAGGUUGGACAAUCCUCCAGGAGAGAGCAAAACUAACACUCGUCAGCAGUUCAACAAGGCUGUGUGUACAGUAUUCAGCACAUGGCUGAGUGAUUAUCCCGAGGAUUUCCGUUCUCUGGACGAUCCCUCCUGCCUGCUACGGUUGGCCCCCCUUCUUCCAACAGACCCCUCGGGGACCGAAAUCAAAGACAGACUGCUGAGGAUAGGCGAGGAGCUGAGCGAAAAAACGCUGCUGUCUGGAUCUCUGUCAGAUCCUACCAAAAGUGUGACGUCCCCUCCUGACCCCUCCGACUUUGAUGCCACCAGCAUUCUGGGGUUUCCAUCCAGUGUGAUCGCAGAACAGCUGACCAGGAUCGAGACAGAUCUGUUUCUGAAGUUGGUGCCGUACCACUGCCUGGGUUGUCUGUGGUCUCAGCGAGAUAAGAAAGGAAAGGAGGGAGCGUGUUGGUCCGUCAGAGCCACGAUCAAGCAGUUCAAUCGUUUAACUAACGCCGUCACAGCCUCGUGUUUAUGGAACACGGGUCUGAAGAGCCAACAGAGAGCACGACUCCUGGAGAAGUGGAUCAGUGUUGCAGAGGCCUGUAGGACCAGGAAGAACUUCUCAUCGCUGUAUGCUAUUCUAUCAGCCCUGCAGAGUAACCCCAUCCACAGACUGAGAAAGACCUGGCAGGAGACAGACAGAGAAGCCGUGAAGAGAUACGAGGGACUGUCUGACAUCUUCUCAGAGAAGGACAACUACUCUCAGAGCCGUGAACUGUUGAAAGAGGAGGGCACUUCCAAAUUUGCAAAUCUUGACACUAAAAUCAACAACAGGAGAUUUACAGGGUCCUGCGCUCAGGGCACUGUGCCAUACCUGGGCAUCUUCCUCCGAGAUCUCACCAUGCUGGACACUGCAGUCAAAGACAGACUCGAGAAUGGUUAUAUUAACUUUGACAAAAGGCGACGGGAGUUCGAGGUUAUCGCUCAAAUCCGCCACCUUCAGUCUUCGUGUAAAAGCAGCAUUUUCCGAACAGACGAGACGUUUGUUUACUGGUAUCACAGCGUACCCCCUCUGCACGAAGAGGAAAGCUACAAGCUGUCCAAUCGGAUUGAAGCUCCGAAUGAACCCAGUGCCGGGCGUGGUCUGAACCCCACAGUGGUCAUCACACAGUGUCCAGAUGCCCUCUCUACUGUGGCGAACACAGUCAUGGAUGACAGCAUAUUUGACUUCCCCUCGCCUGUCAAUCAUCUGCUAUCAAAGCUCUACAAACAUGUGAAAUCCCCCUCCGUUUCCUGUCUGGAUGUUGAAUCGUCACCGUCAUCCAAUGAUGGCUCGCCGUCUGUACUGACCACACCCACCACAGCCGUCAAAUCACAUCGCCGGUCCGUCUCCUGCGGCAACACACCUAUUAAUAACAAAAAGGAGGCGGGGCCUGACAUGAGAAUCGUCAGAAUAAGGAUGGAUUUACAAGAUGGCAACCUGUACAGAAGCAUUCUGGUUACAAGUAAUGACAAAACACCCACUGUCAUCAGUUCUGCAUUAGAGAAACACAACCAGAGGGCCCAGGAGGCCUCCAAAUAUGAGCUGAUCCAACUACUACCUGAGGGGAAAGAGUUAAUAGUACCGCCCACAGCAAACGCCUUUUACGCCAUGUCCUCAGCCAGCGUGGACUUCCUGUUAAGGCGACGAGGAGGAAAUACACCAACCGGGUCUCCAUCACUAGGCAACGAAAGCAGCGCGACCUUCCCACGAAUCAAAGCCAAGGGCAGAAGACUGGUCCGAACACUCUUUUAACAUUAACAACAGGACCAACACCCCACAAACUUUCAAUCCACAACAGAUUUCAUUUGAAGAUCUGUGACAUAAUCGUGUACAGUUUAUUGAAGAUGUUUCGCAAGUUCUAACAUUGGUGUAUUUUGAGUGAAAGCUUGGUUGAAAUGGCUCCGAGAUGUUAUUUAUAGCUAAAUGUUGCACAACUUUUGCAUUUCAUAAAAUCAGUGAGUUUCAGACAGUCGAGUACCGUUCGCUGCCGCCAACAUUUCCCCAGCCAAUGAAUACAACAUAUUUGUUAAGAAAGUUGUUAAAAAAAGAGCAGCUAAAAACCCCAAAAGAACGAAAUAACACUUAAAGAAGGUACUUACGACGGUCUCAACAUUUCAAACACUGGGCAACCGUGACAAGAGAUGUCAAAGCUACUGAUAACUGCCCAGAUACCUGAAAAAAAACUGCAAAAAACACUGCCACCCGAUAAUAUCUUCAAGUAUGCAAACUUUUGGUUAUGCUAAAAUUAUGGUUGUGGUAAUGUACAGGCUCUGUUUCAAACCCUAGGUAGUUUGUCUGUCUGUCUGAUGCCUACAUAGGCAGCUGCCUUAUAAAGCAGCAUACACUAUUUCAAAACAAAAUGAUAAAAAUUUAAAUCACCUAGAAAUAUUGGGUAAAACUGUUCUAAAGCCAUUUUAGACUUCCAGUGAGGUCAACACAAAGCAUUCUGGGAUUGCUUUCCCUGCACAGAACACACGACUUUAUAAUUUGGUCAAAAGAAAACAUCCAAAAAAGAAUCUAAUGCUUUUUAAGAUAUGAGCAUUGUGAUGCCUUUAAAUACUAACCCCUGAUUUACACCGCACGCAUCUGCGGCACGUUACUGCUCCGAAGCAGCUACCGGAACUGAUCGCGGUCAUUCUAGUCAAUGCUUGUGUUUACACCAGACGCGCAGCAGCACAUUUCAAAAGCGUCCAAGAAGCGGCUCUCCGCGCCGCUUAGCUAAAGAUAGGUGCCUAGUCUAUUUUUGACGGACGCCGCGUCCAAACCGCACAGCAAAUACAAAAAAGUAAAAAAUCAUGUCAAUUUCAAAAUAAACAUCCUGUGCAGACUCCCGAUCAUAUUUCACGGUCACAUAUCCCUGACAUAAGACCAUAAAUGGACGACGAGAGGUUCAUCCUCAAUCAAAACCAUGGUUAUUUUGUGGUAAAAUAUUGUUUAACUAUAAUAAUCAUGUUUUUUGUUUUAAGUGUAGUAAAACCAUGGUUUAUUUUCGUAAGGGAACAAAGCAUGACACAUAGCAAUAAACACAACAAUAUACCAGACAAACAACCAUUUAGCCAACUUUCUUAUGGUAAAAACCGCGAAAAAACAACGUCGGACAGGCAAAUCAUAUGGUCUCCUGAAUUCAGCCGCUUUGCGCUUGAGACGCUCCUGGUGUACAUUGGCACCGCAUUGAGGACGGAACAAAAUAUCUUCGGAGCCGCAACGUGCCGCACACGCGUGCAGUGUAAAAGAGAGGUAAGGCCCGAUUCACAUUUCGCGUCUUUUCCGCGAGCAUAUUCGUUAUUUUAAAUGUAGACGCGCGGCAGGCGCGCGCAAAUAGGGGGCGACCUGGUCGCGACGCGCAUGCACAUUUUCUAGGCGCGUCGGUGCCGAACUGCCGCAUCGACAUGGAAAUAGUUCAAAUUUUCGGAAGGCCGCGCGCACACCGCGGGUCAUUUGAAGAGAGAAAGAGGCGCUGAAAUGUGAAUCGGGCCUAAGUAGGCUGUGUUUCGAAACGGACCUUGUAUGUUGUAACCCAAAAUGUCUCCUUCAAAGAAAAAAUGCAACAAAGUUGUGCCUGUUAUUAUUUUUAUACCAUUCAAUGCAAAAACGUAUGAUCAACCUGAACAACUGCGCAGUUGCACGUGAAAACUGUUACUUGUACCCCGAUGAACCUUGCAAACUUACUCGCUUGCUGUUGACGUCUCUGUGGGAACUGAGGCAACCGAGUACUGAAAGCAAGUAAGAGGGGUGUUCUCCAUUACAUUUCAGUCGUUCCGGUCAUUCGUUUGUAAAGUGCCUUAAUUUCAGGUGCUGAUUCGCAAACGCUGGUCUGGUGUGUUGCGCAUGUUGCGGCUUCAAUCAUGUUACGUCUGAUCUGUAUUCUGACGUGUUUGUGCACUACAUACCUCCCGUUCUUGAAAUAAACUUUAAUUUUGAUACAGCUGACAGCGUUUAGACUCAUUUAAUGCCAUUGAGGAUUUAAAACAUUUUUUCCAGUAAAACAAUUUUAUAAGUUUCCUAACCAUGGUUUCAUUCUAGUAAAAGUGUAGUAAUCUUGUUUUUAUGUGAAUUGAUUAUUAUGUAUAAGCACAGUUUUACUACAAUUAUUAUGGUUAAACUAUUAUUACUGUAGCAAGAGACCAUGGUAAAUUUGCGGUUACCAUAGUUAAUAACCAUGUUUUUUCAUAAUGGUUGAAUAUCCUAGCAUUUCAGUAAUAUUAAAUUGCAGGAAAAUUGUAGCAUUGCAGGAAAAU